UAUCCUCUCCAACUGCGAUGUCCAAGACGUCCCGAAAGAAAAGGGAAUCCACCAGCAGAGCCACCUCAUCCCAAGGACCGCUGCAAAGUAAAGAAGCAGCAUCCCUUGUAGCCAGUGCCACGGAGGUGCCGGGAGAUGUGAGAAGAUGCAGACUCUCCAUCUGGCCUGAGUGGAGUGAAGCAGAGGUCAAUGGGGAAAAAUGGGAUUCGGCCAAAGGAGUCAAAGAUGCGAAAAUGAUCAGGAGCCCCUUAACUGUGAGUUUGCAAUUCUUUGAAGAUCCUGAGGGAAAAAUUUGUAUGCCUCCAUCGUUAAAAGUUCACUCCUGGAAGCGCCCCUCAGAGUUCAUUGUCAACAAGGGUCCUGCAGUCGUUGAAAGUGAAAGUGCCUUUGACCUAAUCUCCCCUAAUGAUCAUCUGAUUUGCAGUGAGCUGAUGAGGGGGCUCAUAAGUGAGCUCUAUAUUGUUUGGAAGCUGUGUAACAGCACCGCAGAGGAGCAGGAGCGGUGGAAGCCCUGGGAGCACAUCUACUCUCUCUGUAAGGUGGUGAAAGGUCAUGUACCACUCUACAAUGUCUAUGGGAAAUACGUGGUCAGACUCUACUGGAUGGGUCACUGGAGGAAGUUGAUGGUGGAUGAUGCCAUGCCAUUUGAUAAGGACAACAACCUGCUUCUCCCUGCCUCCACCAGUCAGUCAGAGCUGUGGCCCAUGCUGCUGUCCAAAGCGCUCAUCAAAGUGGCCAAUACAGAUAUUGUGUCAGGGCCCAUCAAGGGGAUGGGUGAGUUCAACUUCAUCCAUGCCCUCACCGGCUGGAUUCCAGAGAUCCUCCCCAUUCAGUCCAGAUACAUGGGACAAGUCUGGGAAUUGUUAAAAGACACUAUUCCAGAAUUCACCUACCCAGGAGAGGAGGAGGAGGAGGAGGAGAGGCUUCGCAGCAAGGACUCAGCAGCAGAGAGGGAUUCCCAACUGACCGACCAUAAGACCAAUACACCUGUGGCAGCCAAGAGCCCAGAGAAAGCCAGAGAUGGAAGGGAAGCCUCCCAUGUCCCAGAGAUUGUGAUAUGUGCCAGAAUCCACCCUCUUCUGCCGCUGAAUGAGCAGACCACUGUCCUUCAUCAGAUGGUGGACUCCCUGGAGUGUCUACGCCGGUAUGGUCUCUCCCAGCUAAGCGGCCACAUUGUUUUGGUGGCCAGGACCCGGGCAUGCCCUCUGGAACCCCCAGCCAAACCAAUCUCUGUGCCCCGAUGGAAACUCAUCCGCCCCCGCAAGGAGACACUGGUCACCGAUGAGCCUAGCGAGCCGCCUGUGCUGAAAGCAGAGCAGUUCAUUGAGGUCUCCAGCCCUUUCCUCUCCUCCCGCAUGAGGAGCAGCAUCAGCCCUGUCCUUGAGCUGUGUGUUACUGCAGAGGACAGCAAGAAGGACGAUGAUGCUACCUCCAUUGAGCAAAAUGUGGUUGAUGAAGAAGUGGGCUCACCUUCUGAUCGACACAAAAAAGAGACGAAGGAGCCUAACCCACCGCAGUCGGGAACCCCCAACCUUUUAGUUCCUGACAAACCCAUGCUUCAGGAGACUUGGGUAGACCUAGACGACUUUGCUAAAUGCUUCCGGACACUCUUGGUGUUUCAUAAGCCACACACCUACCCAAACCAUUUCCAUAAAUCUAAUUUUAAGCAUGUUAUUUAUGUGUUUCACCAGUGUCCAGUUGAGAGGGGCUCUCACUACCUUUAUGUGGACAGCUUGCAGCCUUCCCGGAUUCUCGUCAGCUUUUCUGCUCUGCUACACUGGGGAGAGACAAUUGAGGGGGAGAGGGAGAGCUCAGCAAUGUGCAGGUCAGGGGUUCUCCUCGCUCAGCCACACUCCUGGAAGAGCCUGCAGUCUCAGCUGCCAGUCCUCUGCAUCAAGACAACCUCCUCAAAGGCUGCCUUGCUCAGCUUACCUCCAGGGCGCCAUGUACUGUGCAUCCAUGCACAAGCAGCCCUUGGCUACAACAUCCACCUGUACAGCAUGGAGCCCUUUAUCUUUGGAGAUGAAGAGACCAUCAUGCCACACCUUACCAAGGAAAGUUUGCAUUUCAGUGAACAAGCAUCGUCCAUCCUGAGGGCCUUGGGUAGCGCUAUAGUCUCCUUCAGCCAAGAACAGACGCAGCCAGCUGCCAGGAGGAUCCUGGAAGAGAUCUACUGUCCUCAAAACAUCCACACGGCCUUGGAAAGAUGGACCCAUCACAGGGUCUUGAAAAAGGCAGUGUGUCAUAUGCUGUCUGAGGCCCUGAGCAGAGAGCUGACCGCAGAGGAGCGGUUUGCUGUGCAGGCCCUCACUGCUGACCCCUUGCUCUUCAGCACCGACAGCAGAGAACACUCGUCGACUUCUGAGGUGAUAUCAGCACCUCCGGGAGACUGGGGAAACAGACAGCCAACAGAUAAGGAGAUCCAGGCAGUCAUCACCCUCCAGGCUGGCUUCAAAGGACGCUUUGCACGAUUGGUCCUAAAUGCGUCAAAACCUGGCACAAAGGAGAAUCUUACUGCAUCCAAGACCCUUUCAGCGAUGUGGCGGAGUGUUGAAUCGGAUGCAGAAAAAUAUGCUGCUGCCGCACUACGAUAUAUCCUCAGCCAUUCGGAGAGUACUGCAGGACUGUACCCCUGUCAGCAGGAUGAGACGACCAGAAUCGCUUUCUCUGAUUACUCUGUCCCCAUCCAGGAAACAGCCAACUCAUGGGUGUUGGUCUUCAGAGAGGUGUUCCUGGUCCCUAAGGAGAUGCUGGUUGUACCUAAGGUCUACUCCCCAGUCUCCUCUUGUCUGCUCAGCGUCAUAGACAAUGACACAGGGGAGGAGCAACCCAGGGUGUUCAACAAAGUAGUCCCCCACAUUUAUCGACCAAACAAGCUUGGCUAUACCUUUGUGGCAGGGAUGCACUUACCUGAAAUACCUCUUGUUGGUGCCAAGUGGACCAUGCGCCUGAUUGGCUCCAGAGAACCCCUCCCAGAUUUAGCUCGUGGGACACCACUAAACAAAUUCUCAAUGAAGGAAUUUUGGGAUUAUUACAUUCCUAAUGACAAAAACGUCAUAUGCCGAUAUUCUGUGACGGUGACAGCGGACCAUGUGGGAACAGUCCAGUUCCAGACAUCCAAACCAGACGUACUUAUCCGUCUGUCCAUUCUGGACCAUGAGAAGGAGGUGGCUAGCAGCAAUGGGAAGGGCCACGUUCUCAUCCCCGUGUUCCAGUUCCAGUCCAAUGGAACCCCCUCCUGUGGAGCCCCGAUUGCUGAGAAGAAACAGAACCAAGAGAGUUCUUCUACCCAGCAAAAGAAGGUCAGGGCAACAGGCGCUCCCCAGGGAGGAGGAGGGCAGGAGGGCAUGGCUGGUCAAACAGACCCAUCGACUUACCAGAAACCGCCUCCUACGGAGACUAUGAUCACCACCACCAACAUAGUCUAUAACUAUACUAUAUUUGUGAAAGGUCAUAAAUACAUUGUGCAGACAGAGGUGCUGUGUAACAGUUGGGCUCUGGAUGACUCUCAGCUGGCGUUUGCCUGUACACUCAGAGACUUGGAGAAGAAUGAAACAAAAGGCUAUGGUGGAGACAGAGUGGAACCAGGCCACUCGUCCAGUGCUGAGAUCACAAGCAGUAAUGGGUUCAAGCCUGGCACAAGCAAAUCCAACUCCAAGGGCAAAGGUGACAAGGACAAGGAGAGGCCAGCUGCCAGCUUCAAGCCUGACUCCCGGCCGGAGACGAGCAUGGACCGGACGAAGGCUCACUGGACGCUGCGUGUGGUCAGUGAGCCGAGUGAGGCAGACAGCAUCGAGGUGAGGAAGGACACGGAGAGAGCCGACAAGAUCAAGGCCAUGAAACAGGCCUGGGAGACAGCUGAGCCUGGCCGCUCUGUCAAGGCCUUGCGGUCUCGUCUGAAGUUUCUCAACCGAGUCCAAGGUGGAGUGAGUGAUGACAACGAGAGCCAAGAGCCUGGUCCUCCCUCCCUUUCUCCUGUCUUCUCUCCCAAUUCAUCUGAGCAAGAGAAAAUGCUCGUCCAACCUGAAUCCUUACAUCCACACAUCCCCACAGACUAUAGGCCUUUCAUCAGGCGUCAGAGGGAUAGUCCAGUUCUGAUGAACCCAGAGAUAAAGGAGCAUCAGUUGAGGAAGCGCUCGGAGCAAAUCCAGAGCUACCAGCUGCUUCGAGAGAUGGUGCUGGAGCACCGCAAGCAGGAGGCGCUCAGUAGAAGUGAGCUGAAGAGACACCAGCUGGAGAUGUAUGACAACAUGCAGGUGGCCUUGCGUGAGAAGCGUAAGAAAUUUGUAGAUGCUCUAAUGAUGUGCCAUAGCCGUCAAAUGAUGCCUGUCAAAGGGAAACAAGAGGAGGAACAAGUUCUGGAGAGUGUCCAGCAGGCAGACCUCGAGAAAACCGCUGCCACUGCUGCUACUGCCCAGCCAUCCACCAAGCCAAGCAAGGCCAACGGCAAAAAGAAGUGA